UUAGUUUUUAACUGAGCUAUGGAGUAGAAGCAGGAGGUUUUCAACCUAGUGACAGUCACAGAGCAGCACCUACCCCCUCCUUCUUUCCACACCUGCAAACUCUUUUGCUUGGGCUGAAUAUUUAGUGUAAUUACAUCUCAGCUUUGAGGGCUCCAGUGGCAAAUUCCCGGAUUAAAAGGUUCCCUGGUUGUGAAAAUACAUGAAAUAAAUCAUGACGGCAACUCUCAUCUUCCUUCUGCUUGCACAAGUUUCCUGGGCCGGGCCGUUUCAACAGAGAGGCUUAUUUGACUUUAUGCUAGAAGAUGAAGCUUCUGGGAUAGGACCAGAAGAGAGAGUUCCUGAAUUCCCUGACUUGGAGAUGCUGGGACCAGUGUGUCCUUUCCGCUGUCAAUGUCACCUUCGAGUUGUCCAGUGUUCUGAUUUGGGUCUGGACAAAGUGCCCAAGGACCUUCCUCCUGACACAACGCUACUGGACCUGCAAAACAACAAAAUAACUGAAAUCAAAGAUGGAGAUUUUAAGAACCUGAAGAACCUUCACGCAUUGAUCCUCGUCAACAACAAAAUUAGCAAAAUCAGCUCUGGAGCAUUUACACCUUUGGUGAAAUUGGAGCGACUUUAUUUGUCUAAGAACCAUCUGAAAGAAUUGCCAGAAAAAAUGCCCAAAUCUCUUCAAGAGCUGCGUGCCCAUGAGAAUGAGAUCACUAAAGUACGAAAAUCUGUGUUCAGUGGAAUGAACCAGAUGAUUGUCAUAGAAUUGGGCACCAACCCUCUGAAGAGCUCAGGAAUUGAAAAUGGAGCCUUCCAGGGAAUGAAGAAGCUCUCCUACAUUCGUAUUGCUGAUACCAACAUAACCAGCAUCCCUCAAGGUCUUCCUCCUUCUCUUACGGAACUACAUCUUGAUGGCAAUAAAAUCACCAAAAUCGAUGCAUCUAGCCUGAAAGGACUGAAUAAUUUGGCUAAGUUGGGUCUGAGUUUCAAUGACAUCUCUGCUGUCGACAAUGGUUCUCUGGCCAAUGCCCCUCAUCUACGAGAGCUUCACUUGGACAACAACAAACUUAUCAGAGUACCUGGUGGUCUGGCUGAUCAUAAGUACAUUCAGGUUGUCUACCUUCAUAACAAUAAUAUCUCUGUAGUUGGAGCAAACGACUUCUGCCCACCUGGGUACAACACCAAAAAGGCUUCCUACUCAGGUGUGAGUCUUUUCAGCAACCCUGUGCAAUACUGGGAGAUCCAGCCAUCCACCUUCAGAUGCGUCUACAUGCGCUCUGCCAUUCAGCUGGGAAACUACAAGUAACUCCCAAGAACACCCUCAUGUUUAUAACCUGGCAAAAUCCUGUUAAUGUCAUUGCUAAAACUAAAAAUAAAAUAAAGAAUAAAAGCUAGAUACUGGGAACCUAACUGCAAUGUGGAUAUUUUUCCCACAUGACUUAUGCAUAAAGCUAAAUAUGCAGUUUAAAUAAUUGCCUACAAUAAAAAAAAUUGCCUGCCAUUUUGAGAAUCAUUUUUUGAAGUUUUCCAUUGAUGUUAACUGAGCUACCACAAUUAAUCUUAUUUCACUAAUUGUAAAAUUUUGAGUAAAUAUACAUAUAUCAAUAAUUUAGUAAAGCGUUUCUUUUUUAAUUUUCAGAAUGAAUCAAAUAAAGAGUUUUGGUCUUUUGUAAUUCAUAGGUCAGUUAGCUUUGUUGACAUAAAGUGAAAUGCGAUAUGCUAAGUGUGUAUUAACCCACCACUGUUACUGCUAAAGCCACACUUGAAUGUGUGAAUUCAGUACUGGCUAUGUAAACGUUCUGCUAAUGUCAUCACUUUGAAAAAAUAAAUUAAAAAAUACAUUCAAAAUAA